UCAAGAUAGAACGAAACAAUCAAAUUUACCAAUCUAUUAUCUAUAAAGUUGAGGUUUUGUUUUUGCAGUAGAGUGUUAUUUCCGAUGUUUUUGUUAAUAAUAAUGGACAAUUAUUAAAUGAAAUAAUUAAGAAUGGUUCUAUAUGCGGCGGAUCACGGCCUCCAAGCCGAUGUAGUUUUCGUUAUCGAAGCCACCGCCGUGAAUGGGGCAUAUAUUAACGAUAUUAAAUCGAAUUAUAUUAUACCCUCCUUAGAGUACUUCAGUCAGGAUAACGUAGAUGAAACAAGUUACAUUUCCGAAAACACCAAUUCCCUUUACGGAAUUGUUACCUAUCAAGCGGCGGAUUGCCUACCCAAUCCCUGUACAAACACCUACGGGCCAUUGUCGAGCCCCGCCAAAGUUUUGGGAAUAAUCGAUAGAUUAGAAUUGAUUGGAGGUAAAGGGGAGUCUCACGCCAAUGUCGCGGAAGGCCUGGCCACCGCUCUGUGCUGUUUUGAGGACUUGUAUUCCAAGCGGGAUGCGAAUAUAACGCCUCAAAAGCAUUGUGUGUUGAUUUGCAACUCUCCACCUUACUUGUUGCCUGUACUUGAGUGUCAGCCAUAUUCGGGCAAGUCUGCAGAGCAGUUAGCCGCCGUUUUAUCCGAGAAAAACAUAAAUUUGUCCGUAAUAUCACCCAGGAAAAUUCCCCAACUGUAUAAACUGUUUGAGAAGGGGGGCGGAGAUCUGACGGCAUCGCAGACAAAGAACUAUGCUAAAGAUCCGAGACAUUUGGUGCUGCUAAAAGGAUUUAGCUUGAAAGAGAGGCCUUUGAGUCCAACCCCCGGUGCCAGCCAGUCUCAGAUACCCAACUCGACCUUGCCUGUGUCAAUGCCCAGCCCUUUAGCUGGUAACGAUAGUCCCAUCCAUAACUCCCAACAGAACCCCAAUAUCCUUGGUACCAACUCCUCUCCUGUUGUUCAAGCGGGUGUGGGGCAGAACACAGUUUACAGGCCUCCUGUUCCUACAGUUUCUGGUAUGAGAAUGAUGGGCUCAAAUCAAAUGCCCAUGGGUAUACAAUCAAUGCCUGCUCCGCCCGGUUAUCAUACAGCCUCAGUAGGUCCUAGAGCUAGCUGGCAAAUGCCACCUCCAACUCAGCAGCCGAGGCCGUAUUUGCAGCAAAACCAACAGGUAAACACGACCACUGGAAGCAGCGCUCUCAUCGCUCAACUGCAGCAACCCCCUUCAAUAUCUGGCGCCAAUGUGAAUCAGUUCGGUCAAAUGAGCACCAACUCGCCGCUGAACAAAAUAAACAUGGGUCAACCACCCAACGUCCAGACCUCGAUCGCGCAGAAUCCAGGCAUUCAAACAUCAUCGAUGGCCCAGGUGUCCCAGGCGAACGCCGUAGCCACGUCGCAAGCUCAAGCUGCGCAGCAAGUCCCGCAGCAAUUGGCGGGACGCGAGAGGCACACUAUCUGGCAGGGUAUACUCGAAUGGAUUGAGAAACCGAAAAAUAUGGCCGACCAGAAGAUCACGCGCCACGUGCCUUGCCACGUGUCGUCCAAUUCGAAAGACGGCGAGCCGGAAAUUAAAGCGGAUGGGUGGCCUCAGAAACUCAUAAUGCAGCUGAUGCCCAAGCAACUGAUUGGUACCAUUGGGGGCAGCUAUUUGAAGAACUCAAAGUCGGUGCUGUUCCACCCAAGCCCUUGCGAAGCACUCGACUCGUUGACUAGGGUGAUGAUUUCGAAUUUCGCCGGUUGCGUGCAUUUCACUAGCAAUCCCAGCCAUACCACUUGUGACAUCAAAGUGCUAAUACUGUUGUACACCCAGGAUAAAAGGGCUUAUCUAGGAUUCAUACCCAACGACCAGGUGGCGUUUGUUGACAGGCUGCGCAAGGUCAUCCAGCAGCAAAAGUCAACACAAAUGAGACCGCCGGGUAACGGAGGCCCAGUGAUGAACCCGCAAGCCGGCGCCCAGCUACCGGUGGGCGGGUCGCCACAACAGAUGGGUGCAAAUCCAGUGACGUCACAAAACAGCGGCAUCCAUAUCGCGCAGACCAACACGAUUUCAAUAGGUGGAGGGCAGAUAACCCAAAACGUCCCUCAAUCGGGUCAACCGAUGCAGUCGAUGGGUGGUAUGAUGAAUCAAAAUGUUGGACAGGGGGGAGCGAAUCAACAGCCCAUGCAGGGCGGUAUGAUGGGAGCGCCGGUACGAGCGCCGUUUGAGAACCAGCUGCAGGUGGAGCGUCAACAGAACCUUGAGAAGAUCAAUAAGCUGAAGCAGACGCUGGAGGCGGCGCAACAGCAGGAGCAGCAAUACAAGAGCCAACUGGAGAGAAUCAGUCACAUGAAGACGUCGCAUUUGCAAGAGGCGUUGCAGGUGGCGCAGCAGACGGAGAUGCAGUUUAAGAUGCUCGAGUUGAAUCAGCAGCAACAGCAGCGUAUGAUGCGACCCAUUAUGGCCAAUAACCCUGGGCUACGUCAUUUGUUGCAGCAGCAGCCUCAGUACAGGCCGCAAAUCAUGAACAUGCAGCAAAUGGGAGGCAACCAAGCCCGGGGGCAGAUGGGGCAGCAGAUGCCCGGUGGUCAAGGGGGUCAAGCCAACACCUUCGACGAGGUCCCAAACUUUGAUUUUAAUAACAUCAUGUGAAUGCUUUUCAUAACUUUUGGAUAUUUUCUCUGGAAAAUAGACCUUUCUAAUACAA